UCGCCGGCGUCCGCCUUAAUUCAUUCUCCGAUUCCGCGCGCACCAUUCCGACGUUUCAAUUUCAUGCCUGUCUACCCCAUCGAUGCAUCUCAAACCGCCCGCACUGCGUACCCUCUUUCUUUUCUGCAGCAAUUGUAAAUGUAUGUAUGAAUUUCAAUACUUUCAAUCGAUGAGGAAUUCCGCAGUUAAUUUAAUUCUUAUCUUUGAGUGCGCAUUUGAUUUUAUCUGUAGGAUGGAUCGGAUUUGCUUCGUCAGGCAGCUUUACAAUUAAGUAAUUAAUUAAUUGAUUGAGCAUACGAGUGCAUGAAUUAGGGCAGGCUUGGCUUCCCGAGACGAUUUCAUCUGAUCUGAUUCUUCUGUAAAAUUGCGAAACGAUGUCGUGUUGUGGAGGUGGAGAAGAGGAUCCAGGCGCUCCUCCGCCCAGCAACUACGCUGCCCCAAAGGCCGGUAAUCCAUACGCAGGCGGAGGAGGCGGUGAAAGAGGGGAGCCGAGGAGUAGUGCGAGAAACGGACCUCCGCAGAAGGCUAUGCCCAUUGAGAAACCAGCACUGUCGUUGGACGAGCUCAACAGAUUGACAGAUAACUUUGGACCAAAGUCGCUGCUAGGAGAAGGAUCCUACGGUCGAGUCUUCUAUGCUAAAUUGAAAGAUGGAACCCCAGCAGCAGUCAAGAAGCUAGACACAACUUCGUCCUCUGAGCCAGACUCUGAUUUUACAUCACAGCUCUCCGUGGUUUCAAGGCUUAAGAAUGAAAAUUUUGUGGAGUUGCUCGGGUACUGCUUGGAAGCAAACAACAGGAUUUUGGUGUAUGAGUACGCCGCAAUGGGGACCUUACACGAUGUCUUACAUGGGCGGAAGGGGGUGCAAGGGGCUGAACCUGGUCCAGUUCUUACCUGGAUUCAAAGGGUGAAGAUCGCCCACGGAGCUGCAAAGGGCCUUGAAUUUCUGCACGAGAAGUGCCAGCCUUCGAUUGUCCACCGUGAUGUCAGAUCCAGCAAUGUGCUGCUCUUUGAUGAUUUUGUUGCCAAAGUUGCCGAUUUUUGCAUCACAAACCAGGCUUCUGAUACGGCAGCUCGGCUGCACUCCACCAGGGUCCUUGGAACAUUUGGCUAUCAUGCUCCAGAGUACGCCAUGACUGGGCAGAUAACUCAGAAGAGUGACGUGUACAGCUUUGGAGUGGUUCUUUUAGAACUGCUGACAGGGAGAAAACCAGUGGACCAUACCAUGCCCAAAGGCCAGCAGAGCCUUGUCACUUGGGCUACACCACGGUUGAGUGAAGAUAAAGUGAAGCAAUGUGUAGAUCCCAAGCUUAACGAAGAUUAUCCACCCAAGGCCAUUGCUAAGAUGGCUGCGGUGGCAGCCUUGUGCGUGCAAUAUGAAGCAGACUUCAGGCCAAACAUGACCAUCGUGGUUAAAGCUUUGCAGCCACUUCUAAAUGCUAAACCAGCGGCAGCCACUGAUUCUACUGCUUAGGUUGGGCGGGCACAGAUAGGGGCAGGGCUGUUGUUAGCACCAGCAAAGCAAGCAUGUAAGUAAAUGUCACAUAACAUGUAUAAAUGCAUCCCCACUUAUGCUUGUUUCAUCCACCUUAUAUUGCUUAGGCAAGAUAUUGUACAGAGGAACCAACCAAGUUUUAAAGCUUUUCCACAAAACAGUGCAAUUGCUGCUGUAUCACAGCGAAG